AUGAGUGAAACAUUUCUUGAAGAUGAUCAAUCCUCUUAUAUUGUGGAUGAUAUUAAGAGUCACAAUCUCAAAGCCAAGGCACUCUGUCAUUCAAAAACAAUAAAUAAACUUAGAAAAGUUCUAAAUGAUACAAUUGGAUCUUUUGGAAACGACAAGCAUAACAUGCCUGUCAUUCACAUAAAAGUUCAAACUGUCUGGGAGGAUAUUAGUAUAGAAGGAUUGAAGCUUCUGAUAAAAAAAUUGCUGCCAAUGGAGAGUAGACAAUCACUAAUGAAAUUUAUCUCUAUCCGUCCUGGAUCAGUGUACAUUACAUACCCAGUUCUUCACUGCACAGCUGAUAGUCUAAAAGAAUAUACUCAGAGAAAGUUAAAGUUUUUGCGCCUUAUUGGUAUAUUUAGUUCAUACAUCGAUGAUCAUCCUGUCCUUCAAGGUGAUGAGAAUGCAAACUUUACCUUUGAACUAGCUCUCCUUAAGGAACAAGUUGAUCCUAAUGUUCAAGAGAAAAAUGGAGUAAAUGCUUUUAUGCUGGCUAGUCGAAAUGGUCACACUCAAAUAGUUGAACUGUUACUGAAGGAGCAAGUUGAUCCUAAUGAACAAGUUGAUCCUAAUGUUCAAAAGAAAGAUGGAGUGAAUGCACUUAUGAGGGCAUGUGCAAGUGGUCACACUCAAAUAGUUGAACUGCUGCUGAAGGAAAAAGUUGAUCCUAAUGUUCAAGAGAAAGAUGGAGGUAAUGCUUUCAUGUUAGCUUGUCAAAAUGGUCACACUCAAAUAGUCCAACUGUUGCUGAACAAAAAAGUUGAUCCUAAUGUUCAAGAGAAAGAUGGAGGUAAUGCUUUCAUGUUAGCUUGUCAAAAUGGUCACACUCAAAUAGUCCAACUGUUGCUGAACAAAAAAGUUGAUCCUAAUGUUCAAGAGAAAGAUGGAGGCAAUGCUUUCAUGUUAGCUUGUCAAAAUGGUCACACUCAAAUAGUCCAACUGCUGCUGAAGGAACAAGUUGAUCCUAAUGUUCAAAAGAAAGAUGGAAUGAAUGCUUUUAUGUUGGCAU